AUGGAUGCUCAUUUCGUGACCGUGCCAGAUGGCAGUCUCUCUCCUUCCUCAACUGCGGACGCCCUCACGCUGCGCGCAACAGCAUGCGCCAUUCUCCUAGGCUUCGGCGUCUGUCUCGCCAACAUGUAUUUCGGGCUGCAGGCUGGUAUGGUGAAUGCGAUGCCGAUGCAGAGUGCUCUGCUGGGCUUUGCCCUCUUUCGGAGCAUUCAGCACCGUCUUCGUACGCCCCUGUCGCCGAUGGAGACCACAGUAAUGGAGAUCGUCUCGGGAGCGCUAGGACUCGCGCCGUUCACAACUGGCUUCACGUCCUUCAUUCCCGCUCUAGAGUUCCUCACUACUCCGGAUGAGCAUGGUCCGGCCACACGAUUCAGCACCGGUCAGCUUCUCCUCUGGUCUACCGCCAUGUGCGGACUGGGCAUCGUUUCCGGAGCGCCCUUUCGAAACCUCUUCAUAAAGCGCGAGCGUCUUAGGUAUCCCUCGGCCACGGCCACGGCCACCUUGAUCGGCGUGCUUUUCCGGCGAGAAGACAUUGUAGCCAGGGCUGGACCCUCAGAGACGGACAACAAUACUACUGUUUCGGUUGCUACUGCUUCCGUACCCUUGGUCUCACACCCUGACUUAGACAGCAACCAACCCGCCAUAGCGGCUCUCCUAUGGUCUUUAGCCGGGUCCUUUGUGUUUUGUGUGCCUAUCUUUGGCACCCCGGCCGCUCGAGACUGGUUCUGGGCCUUUGAUCUUUCUCCUGCCUACAUCGGCUAUGGCAUUAUUAUCGGACCUACUAUCAACGUCUACAUGCUUUUGGGUGCUGUUAUUGGCUGGGGGAUUCUGUCGCCGGUAGCUAAAAACAACGGAUGGGCUCCGGGCCCGGUUGGAGACUGGGAAACAGGCUCACGUGGGUGGAUUCUCUGGACUGGCAUGGGCCUGAUUCUUGGCGACACGUUUAUAGGACUAAGCUGGACUGGCGUGUGGCCCCUGCUUUCCCUCCUGCUGUCCCACACUCGACAGACGCUAAGCAGGCGCCUAACAGAGGAAGAAGCGCCGCUGAUCCUCAACGAUCCAGAUCUACAUGUGCAUGUACUGUCCAGCUCUGGCAUCGGCACUCGUACCGCUGACCCAGCGGAUGACGACUGGGCCGACUCUUCUCUUGUCACGAAUGUGCUCUUGCUUUGGGCGGCAUCCGGUAUUGUAAUUUUGUUUUUAGUGUCUGUGCUAGUCGCAUUCCAGGACUUGGUUCCCGUGCUGGCGACUCUCGUCGCGGCAGCCUUUCUCCCCCUCGCUGGCGUCAUAUCCAUGCGCUCGCUGGGAGAGACUGACAACGGAGCAGGCUUAGCUAUCGGGAGACUGGCGCAGUUUAUGAUCGCGCUGCUCGUCCGUCCGUCCAGCCAGCACUACACAACGGCGAAUCUGCUCCUAGGCGGCGCCAUUGAAUCCGGAGCGUCACAGGCGUCGCAGCACAUGGGCGGCCUCAAGACAGCAUACAUGACCCAGACACCCCCGAGGGCAGUCUUCUACGGUCAGAUGAUUGGCUCCUAUGCAGGAGCUCUCGCGGCAACUGGUCUUUACCGGAUGUACACGUCUACGAACACGAUACCGAGCGAAGAGUUCGGCGUGCCAGACGCGCAUCUCUACAUGGUGGCGUCGCGGUUCAUUCGCCAGCAAGGCUUGCCCCCUGGCGCAAUGGGCUUCACCGUGGGGGCGUUUGUUCUCGGCGCGGUGAUGAGCAUGCUGAGGAUAUUAGGUUCCAAAUACUGGUGGAGACGAUUCGUCCCAUCGGGCGUGGCCGUGGCAAUAGGAAUGCACAUCAUGCCAGCCAUAACACUGCCUCGAGUCGCAAUGAUACGGCGAAUUGUGGCUCGUGAAGCACGCGUGAAGCACGGAGAUCUUCACAACGGCUUCAGAAUGGACAGAUACACGCUGCGGCUCGACACCAACUUUGUGCCGGGGCGCCAGGCCCCCGGGGACCUCGGUUCUGAGAUCGGACCAGUGCAGCUCGAGGACGGCAGCACGGUCGAUGGCGGACACGUCCUGAUGCGCGGACAGUGGAACGUAGCGUUUGAUCGGCGUCUCGUCGCGGCCGCCCGGCCAGAGGAUAUCUGGGUCUCCAAAAACCGACACUCGGGAUUUUGGGGCGGAACAGGCAUCGAGGCCGCGCUCAAGAGCCGCGGCAUUCGCACGCUCUUCUUCUCGGGCGCCAAUAUGGACCAGUGCGUCGCCACGUCCGCCAUCGAUGCCUACGCUCACGGCUGGGACUGCCUGCUGCUGAGCGAUGCCUGUGCCACGACAAGCCCCGACUUUGCCCGCCAGUGCGUUGAGUUUGAGUGCGCCGUCGGCUGGGGCUUCGUCCUGACCUGUCAGCAGUUGGCUGACGGCAUCGACAACAUACAGACGGCAGUGCCAGAUUUCUAA